AUGCUUCGUCCCAAGGCUUUGACCCCGGUGCUAAGCCAAGCUAACAAUGGAGGCGUCCGAAGCACCCUGCUGCUGAAUAAUGAGGGAUUGCUGCUGGCCUACUCAGGUUAUGGGGACACCGAUGCCCAGGUCACCGCAGCCACCGCCAGUAACAUCUGGGCUACCUACGACAGGAACGGGAACCACGUGUUUAAUGAAGACAAGCUCAAAUUCAUCCUCAUGGACAGCGUGGAGAGCCACGUAGCCAUCACCCAAGUGGCCAACCUUCUGCUGUGUAUGUGUGCCAAGGAGACCGUGGGCUUUGGAAUGCUCAAGGCCAAGGCCCAGGCCUUGGUGUAG